GAGACAGAUAUUCAUUCAUCAUGAUCUGAAGCUCACCACCUCUUGCGGCGACGGAUUUAUAAACAUCUUUGUCCCUUCUCUUGUUAGAUUGUGCUCUAUAUACUAACACCCAUAAUGUCUGGAUCAUUAUCAGUGGUGUCUUUUGAAGGGGAACUCAAUGCCAUUGUUCAAGAGUUUUUGGACUUUGGAGGAUUUGACCGUACAUUAUCAACUUUCCAGAAAGAAUGUGAUCAAAAAAAUAAACCUGUGACAUCCCACAGCAUAAAAUCUAAAUCUAACCAGAAACUGCUGGCGAUUCAGAAUGACCUUAUGCAGCAGUUCCAUAAAGGGAAACGUGACAAGUGCUUCAAAUUGUGGAAUGAAAAUCUGCCACCAAAUGUCAGAGAUUCUGAUGCAGUGGCAAAGAAACUAGAAUUUUACCUCAACAUCUACUUUGCUAUUUACCCAAUAAAGUUUGGCAGAGGACAGAGAGAAGCUGACCGCUGUAUGACAGAUUUUAAGAAGUAUUUAGAGAACCGUGGUGCAUCACUGAGCCAGACAACAGAGUUUCUGCCAUUCUAUGCCCUUCCUUUUGUGCCUAAUGCCAAGAGUCAUCCGUCCUACAAAGAACUCUUCACUGAUGCCUGGGUGAAGGAUCUAGAGAAUAGACUGGAGAAGUUCCUCACCUUAACACUCAAGUCGACACCACAACCUAAACUCUUUGAUUUAUAUCGUGGCAGUAAACAUGGCGAUGACAAUGAUAAUUUCCAGCAGAUCUCCCGCCUACAGCAACAACUUGUGGAUGCUGAGAGAAAGACAAUGUCGUACAUUAAACGACACAAUCGUCUACAGGCUGACUACCACAACCUUAUAGGGAUAACAGCUGACCUGGUGGAGGCCCUGGAGUCUACAGUCACAGGAAAACCAGUUACUCCGGAGUAUCUACAGGAGAUAUGCGCUCGUCUGUUCAGUGCCCACAUGAACCAGUCUGUUGACUUUACACGUCCAGGCACAGCCAGUCAAUUCCUACGACAGUCCAUUGCUCCGAAACAAAAAGCUAUGGAGGAGCCGGAGCCUUAUCCUGCUCUCGAUUUUACAAAGAUCAAACAGGCUAUGGCCGACGCUUCAAAUAAACGCAAGGCACUUCUCCUUCAGGCGAUGAGAUGGCGACUGACACAGUCCAACCCACAGCAGCGUGACAUUACAAUGACAGCAUACAGGGAUCAUGAUCUAUUGGGAUGUGUACAAGGAGGACCCCAUAGGACAGUGGUGCUUGGUCUUCUGACGUCAUCAGAUGAGUUAGUUAAACAGGGUGCAGCCAGACUCUUCAAUGCAUUUGCCUCUUUGUGUGCAGGCCGGACCUAUUUAGCUCAGAACCAAGAUCUAUUUACUUCUCUACUGGACAGUCUCCACAGUGAAGAGAAAGAGUCGGUCACCAGGGAGAUGGUGCUAGGGGCUCUACAGAAACUCAGUCUCCGACGUAACCUCCAGACAGCAAUGAUUGAUGCAGGAUUGAUUGAGUGGCUGGUCAAGGUGCUGGAGGAUAACGACUCGCUGUCUGACUACACACUGGAGUACUCUGUAGCUCUCCUCAUGAAUCUCUGUCUCAGGACAUCAGGAAAGAAGCGUUGUGUGACCCAUGCUAACCAGACGUUAAAAGUACUCAGUGACCUUCUAGGACAUGAAAAUCAGGAGAUUCGACCUUAUGUGAAUGGUGCCCUGUAUAGUAUUCUAGCCAUUCCAUCGAUCCGUGAGGAGGCUAAGGCCAUGGGUAUGGAGGAGAUUUUACGUUGUUUUAUCAAGGAAGACCAACCUGAUAUGAACAGACAGAUCGAGUUUAUCAUCAAACAGCUCAACUCAACGGAGACUGUGGAUGAAUAUGCAUCUGAUGAUGAAGAUGAGGAGGAAGAAGAGGAGGACCAGGAUGCCAUGGAGCUUGAUCUUGACAAGGAUGAACCAAUCCGACCGGAGGGCGAUGAACUUAGUGGGGAACAACUACUCACUACUGAUUACCUGGCCCAAGGGGGCGUGGCUGUCAAACCCAAGAAACGACAUACUGAUAUGGUGAUGGCCCAACAGGUUCCACUUCAACGACCUGUUACCCCUAGUCAGCGUAGGGCAGCAGAUUCACCACACCCAUCACAGGCAGGGAGCCGAGCAGUGUCCAGUUUGUCCCAGCGUCACGCUACACCAUCAGGCUUUGACCGUCCCCCUACUAGGUCUGGCAGUCGUCCAUCCACACAAGAGAGUCUGGCCCAGGCCGGACUUCGUGUGCCGUCUCGUGGUAUGUCUCGUGGCGGUGAUGGAGAAGGUGGUGAUGGUCAACGUCCCAUGAGUCAAGCUAGUCAGAAAAGUCUACGCCCACAGAGCAAAGCCUCCCAACUGAGUGGUAAAGAGUACAACCAAGCAUUCGGUUCCCGUCCUAAGAUCCCACGAACCCCUGAUGUGAGUGGUGGAGUUCCAAAACUUCCGAGGACUCCUGAUGGAUCCAAACGCCCCACAAGUCGGGGUUCUAUCAGUGGCAGUGCCCCUCCCCCUCCACAAUUCUCUGAGUCUGGUCCCAGGCCAAGCUCUGCUGGAAAGUCAGCGUCAGGAUCGCGGCGAGGAUCAGCCAAGAGCAGUGCCAGUCCCCGUCCAGAGCCAAGUGGUGCAACAUAGUGCUGUUACUAUGACAACAUAUCAAAUUUCACCUUGACAACAUGUUAAACAUCUGCCUUGAAGAAAUAUCAAAUUUGUUUGUUGACACUGUUGUGAUAUACAUUCCAUAUUUUUGGUCAUGUACAGAUAAUCAUUCUGACAGUUAACAGAGAAAAUGUUUUACAUUUCAAAUGAAUUUUAUUAAUAUGAUCUAUUUAUU